GUUCAACUUAAUCAAUAUCCUUAAGUUGAAUGGUUUUAUUGGAGCCAAGACAAUGUAAAUUUAUGAUUUAUUUAAUGUCGUAUCUUUUUUGAAUACGACAAUAAGCCAUGUUUAUGCAACCUUCUUCUUCUUUUUCACAUUUGCUUGCAAAGCUGCAAAACCAUGAUUUCAACCGUUACCUUAGAGCCUCUUUUCCACCUUCACAACAUAGAAACUCCAAUUCACCGUUCAAAACUAAAACAAUUCAAAAAACCUUUCUUUCUCACUUCCUCUUCCAAUCUCAUCAAAUUCAAUGCAUCCUUCACCCUCUAUCAUCCCCACAUGCCACUUUCUUCUGCACUUUCACCUUCCAAUACAGACACAUCUAUUGAUCAUUCACUUCAUUGCUCUGACACCUUCUUCUCUAACACUUUCACAAUCAACACAACCCAAAUGGUGGAGGGAAAGGUGUUUGUGAGAUUAGAUCAAGGGAAGGAUGUGAGGAAUUGGGAGCUUACAGUAGGUUGCAAUUUACCAGGAAAAUGGAUUCUUCAUUGGGGAGUUACCCAUGUUAAUGAUAAUGGAAGGGAAUGGGAUCAACCUCAUGGUGAUAUGUUACCUCCUGGAUCAGUUCCUAUAAAGGACUAUGCAAUAGAGACACCCUUGAAGGAUCUAUCUUUAUCUGCUGAAGAUGAUACCUUUCAUGAAAUCAGGAUUGAUCUCAAACCCAACGAUCACAUUUCAGCAAUUAAUUUUGUACUCAAGGAUGAGGAAACUGGAGCUUGGUAUCGAAAUAAAGGAAGAGACUUCAAAGUUCCUUUGAUCAACUACCUUAAGACAGAAACUAAUACAAUUGAACCUAAAAGAGGCUUGACUUUAUGGCCAGGUUUCUCAAAGCAUUCUUCUUUUGAAAAGUGGAUCUUGUUUUUCUUUUUAAUGCUCUUCAAGUCGAGAGCGGGACAAGAUGACAGCAGUGAAUCCAUAGAUCCUAAACAAGAAAAUGAUCAACUUGAAGGUUAUAAUGUAGAAAUUCCUAUUACAAAGAAGGUUCUUAUCAAUAACUUCAUUAGUGUUUCUGUUAAGAAAUACUUUGAAUCUGAGGAAGUUAAGAAUCUUUUAUAUCUUGAAACGGAUCUACCUGGAGAUGUUGCGCUUCAUUGGGGAGUUUGCAGGGAUGAUUCAAGAAAGUGGGAAGUUCCACCUGCUCCGCAUCCGUCAGAAACUGUAAAAUUUAAAGACAAAGCUUUGAGAACUCAAUUUAAGCCGAGAGGAAACGGACAAGGAUCUUCAGUACAAAUCACUUUAGGAGAAGAAUUUUCAGGAUUCCUUUUUGUUCUUAAGCAAAAUGAAAAUGCUUGGUUUAAGUACAAAGGAAAUGACUUUUAUAUCCCACUCUCAAGUUCUAGUAACUUACUUAUUAAUGGCAUCGGAGAGUAUGAGUCAGAAGGUGUGAAGAAGGAAAUAACUGAAGAGGCAAUCCAGAAGACUUCUUUCUUUCAAUUUACCAAUGGAACUGUCAAUGAAAUAAAGAAUGUGGUGGCAGAAAAUUCCUCUGAGAGUGGAAAGGUUAAAUCCAAAGAAGUCCAAAAUAGCAUUCUUCAAGAAAUUGAAAGACUGGCUUCUGAAGCCUAUAAUUUCUUCAGAAGCUCCAUUCCAACUUUCUCGGAGGCAACUACGGUGGAACAUCGUGAAACAACUAUUGUGGAACGCGAAGCAGCGAUUGUGGAACCUGAAGCUACUGUGCAAUCGGAGAAACUGACCCAUGAUAUAAAAAUAUGCUCAGCCACAGGAUCAGGAUAUGAAAUAAUAUGCCAAGGGUUUAACUGGGAAUCUCAUAAAUCUGGAAGAUGGUACAUGGAGCUGAAAGAGAAAGCUUCAGAACUAUCAUCACUUGGCUUCACUUUGGUUUGGUUACCACCACCUACGGAGUCCGUUUCACCUGAAGGAUACAUGCCAAAGGAUUUAUUUAAUUUGAAUUCGAGAUAUGGAAACAUAGGUGAACUAAAAGAUUUGGUGAAAAGAUUUCAUGAAGUUGGGAUCAAAGUUCUAGGAGACGCCGUUUUAAAUCACCGUUGUGCUCACUAUCAGAAUCAGAAUGGUAUAUGGAACAUAUUUGGAGGCCGUCUCAACUGGGAUGACCGUGCAGUUGUAGCAGAUGAUCCACAUUUUCAGGGUAGGGGCAACAAGAGUAGUGGAGAUAAUUUUCAUGCUGCUCCAAACAUUGAUCAUUCGCAGGAAUUUGUGAGAAAGGAUCUCAAAGAAUGGCUGUGCUGGUUGAGGAAAGAAGUUGGGUAUGAUGGAUGGAGGCUUGACUUUGUUAGAGGAUUUUGGGGUGGUUAUGUAAAGGAUUACCUUGAUGCAAGUGAACCUUACUUUGCAGUUGGAGAGUAUUGGGAUUCCCUUGGUUAUUCGUAUGGUGAAAUGGAUUAUAAUCAAGAUGCUCAUAGGCAGAGGAUAAUUGACUGGAUCCGUGCCACCUCCGGUACGGCUAGUGCAUUUGAUGUUACGACGAAAGGGAUUCUUCACUCGGCAUUGGAAAAAUGUGAAUAUUGGCGAUUGUCAGAUCAGGAGGGAAAACCCCCUGGAGUUGUUGGGUGGUGGCCGUCUCGUGCUGUUACCUUUAUAGAAAAUCAUGACACUGGUUCCACUCAGGGUCAUUGGAGAUUUCCUAGCGGAAAAGAAAUGCAAGGCUAUGCUUACAUUCUUACUCACCCAGGAACACCAUCAGUGUUUUUUGACCACAUUUUGUCUCACUAUAAAACUGAAAUAGAAGCUCUUGUAUCUAUCAGGAAGAGGAACAAGAUCCAUUGCAGGAGUACAGUUGAAAUUAGUAAGGCAGAGAGGGAUGUUUAUGCCGCCAUCAUCGAUGAAAAAAUCGCGAUGAAGAUUGGACCUGGACAUUUUGAACCCUCUAGUACCUUCCACAAAUGGUCCCUUGCUAUUGAUGGAAAAGACUAUAAGAUUUGGGAAGCAUCAUCAUAAUGUUAUAUACUAUAUAGUUCCAUCAUUCCAUGUAAAUCCACUGCAUUGUAGUUCUUAUAAGUCAAUAAUAGGAUGUGAUUUCUUCUGAUGGUGUAUGGCAGGCUAGCUCCAAUUUAAGUGAGUGUUGCCACAAGGUUGCUUAUUGUAUAUAGCCAUGUACAUGGAUUUAUAAAACGAGAAUUUUCAAAAUUUUGAAAUA